GUUUGUCAAGCACCGAGCUUUUGGCGACAAGUGCAGGGCAGUCAACUGGGCAAUUUACUACACCGUCAUGUUGGUCUUCUACGUGUACAUGUACAGCCUGAUUGUGCAGGUCCAGGCGGACAAGGAAAUCAACUCCGCCACGUACGGGGGAGAGGAUGGAAGCUUCCUUCAGAGUAGGCUCAGCAUGUACAAAAUGUUGCUUUGGGCAGCAGUCAUCGCCAUGAUAGCUCCCGGUGUCUGCAACCGCAUGGCGAUGCGCAAGAAGUUCGACAUCCCCCACAAGGUUCCCGAGGCGGCUGGGUGGGGCGACUCCUGCCUGUGGUUCUGGUGCAACAGCUGCGCCUUGUGCCAGGAGACCCGCACCAUUAUCCACAACAAUGUAGAGGACGGCUUGUGGAAGGGGCCCGACGUGGUGGCUGUGGAGCCGGUGGGUGGAGCUGCUUUCACUGCUGAGACUGCGCCCAUGCUUCCCUGUGCGCCGCCCCAGAGGGAGGCGAUGGCUGCGCCCAGGACUGCCCAGGACCAGACCGCCCAGGACGGGACGGACGUUGUGUGA